CACCACCACCAUCGCCUUCUGACCUACCUCUCUUCACUCUCGACUCUCCCCCAGCACGCUACCACCACCGUCCUUUUCUUCAACACCCCCCAAAUUGUACAUCUUGGACAAUCCUCACAGCAACCAUCUUCUUCGAGCAGACAGUGUGCGCUUUUGACGGCCUUGAUUCUCUCAGUCGCCUUUCGUUACUGAAUUGCCACCCAACCUCACUCACCUCACCAACCCACCACCGACUGACGACCUUGCGAUAACUAGCACUCGCCAACGUCGCCUUUCCCCUUCUCUUCACCUCACCCCAGCACUCAUCCCCCUUCGAGCAGUCUUGAAUGGCCCAGCGCCUGUUCCACGGCUUUCGAAACCCCUUGUCUUUCAUCUUCUCUUCCCUUUAGCCACCACCUUGUCUAAUAUCACUGAAACACCGACUUGGCCAUGGCUAUCUCUGUUCUGGCAACUGCCAAAACGGCCUCAGGCGUUGACCGUCGAGCUCGCCGAGUCGGCCCUCGCCCCAGGUCUCCCAAGCUGGGCAACUUUGCACGCCUCUUCAAGACCGUCGGCGACAUCAGGGCCGACGACUCCGACAGCGACAAGGCCGACUCGCCCCUCCGCCUGUCGCUCCACCAGUCCCCUGCCAGCAGCCAUGCCACCUUGGUCGGCCCCACAUCCACCACAUCCACCACCCCCCUUCUGGGUACAGGCCUCAUCAGCAUUACCGACAGCCUGGCUAGCCCCAACAGUAAUAAGGGUCCCGCUCAGCAGGGCUCCAGGCAGCCCAGGCUCGCAAUCCCAGCACUUGACGGCUCGACUACCGACGACGACAGCCCUGCCAGAGACACCCCCAUGUCUGCUGACAUCGCCAGUUUCAGCCGCGACACCACCCCGACUUCUGCGAGCCCAGCCACCCCGGCUGAGGCCGACUUGAGCCCCAAGCUCAACAUCAGAUCCCUCUUGAUCGGAUCCACCCCCGAGAUCUACUCCUCGGACGACUGUGCGGACCCCUUCUGCGACCAGAUCCACACGGUCAACCCCCAGGAGAAGCAUGCUGAGUUCCACCACUUGGUCUUCCCAGCUGCCGCCCCGCUGAAGAUCCUCAACCCCAACGACAACCAUCUCGGCAAGCUUCAGCACAAUGAGCGCAUCGCCCUUGCCCAGCUUGCCGCCAAGCAGCUCUUCUCCCCCGUUGCUGAGCCGCUCGUCCUUCCCUGGGACAUCAACGGCGACUUCCUGCCUGGCCACUACCAGCAUACCGUCACCAGCCCCUGGGUCCCUCGCAAGCCUGGUUACCACUAUGUCAAGACCGUCUCCAAGAACUCAAUCGACCCCCUCUACCGCGUCGACAAGGAGACACAGCUCAACAUCCUCAAGGCCAAGCUCGAUCAGCGCUUCGUCGAGGACAGCCUGAUGCGGUCGCAUCCCCAGACGGCCCAGUCCCAGGAGCCCAUCCACGUCUUUGUCGACCUGUCCAACAUUGUCAUCGGCUACUACGACUGCAUGAAGGCCAAGCGCGGCGUCUCGAACAACUACCGAGUCCAGGCGCCCCCCUUCUUCUUCGAGGCCUUCGCCCUCAUCCUGGAGCGCUACCGCCCCUGCGCCAAGCGCGCCGUCGUCGGCUCGCUCAAGCCGGCCAGCCAGCACCCGGACUACAUGGUGGAGGCCGAGGUGUGCGGCUACGACAUGAACAUCCUGCAGCGCGUCACGGGGCCCAAGCAGCCCAAGUCCAGCCCCAACCAGAACCCCAACGUCACCCCCAAGAUGCCCAUGUUUGCGUCGGGCGCCCUCGACGAGGAGUCCGACGACUACGGCCCCUGGUGCCCGCCCAUCCAGGUCGCGAUGAAGCACCGCGAGCAGGGCGUCGACGAGAUCCUGCACCUGAAAAUGGUCCAGAGCAUCCUCGACGCGCCCAGGCCCGGCACCAUGGUCCUCGCCACGGGCGACGCCGCCGAGGCCGAAUUUUCGGACGGGUUCCUCAGCAACGUCGAGCGGGCCCUCGAGCGCGGCUGGAACGUCGAGCUCGUCGGCUGGAGGCGCAACAUCUCCGGCGCGUGGCGCAACCAGGCGUUCCUUGCCAGGUGGGCCGUCGGCCAGUUCCGCCUCAUCGAGCUGGAUGACUUUGCGGAGGAGCUGCUUGGGUUCUGGCUGCGCCCUGGCCAGAGGGGGUCUCUAUAAACCCACCCACUCGGCACAACACAACAACCGCUGUACAAUGCUGCCUGCCAACUGGCGUCUACCCGCCUCAUUUUGCAGCAGCUUGUCGCCGACUGAGCCAUGAACCGCUCGGUCCGUUUUGGCACGUUUCGCAACCCUUCGGUCGCUUCUGUCAGGACGAAUUACACCCUUUGACCUGCAUGUCAACUCUGUAUCGAUUACAUCCAUCAUUUUUCACGAGUCGACGUGGCCAACGCAGGCAUGUUCACCUUGCCCUGUCGUUUUCCUGACAGCCCAUCACAUAUCGAAGCUGUCUUGAGAGGCACGAUCGAUCGCACAUCUACUGCGCUCAGCGCGCCGCCUCUUUUACGAUUUGGCUCCCUGUUGCUCGGAAUUUCUGUAAUCUCUUUUUCCAAGUUUAUCUCCCUUUUCCUUUUCCUUUCCUUUUUUUCGACUUUCUCUCUUUUACUAUUCUACUACUCUAAUCGACUCACCGCAUUCACUCAUUACGACAUUUCAACUACGGAGACGGAAACAACAUUCAUUUUACAGCAUCGGCGUCGGCGGCAACGUUUCGAAAGAGACCUCUUUGCCAAAAACAUCAGAUAUGAACAACACACACACACACACCCCAAGCAUCAAUGAUGGCAUUUUUCGCAUUUCAUCAGCGCAUUCAGCCAUGGCGUCGAAGGGUGUACCAUCAAACAACCACUUUGACUUUUCGGUAUUACGGCGUAACGGAACGGAACGACGGCGUGCAUCAGAGGAAACAGGGAAUCUCAGCAGGACUGGCUCGGCUUUCACCAGCCACGAGCUCUUUUUUAUCGGAUUUUUCUUCGGCAUUGGUCUUUUUCCUCUUUCGCCUUCAAUAAGAACACGGUUGGAUCGACAGGAUUGAUUGAUUGGUUGACUUGGAAAGGGCGGACGGACACGGUCGCGACUUCUUCGUUUCCAACCUCAUCUCAUGGUGCAUAGCGAUACCCAUCCGACUUUUGGCUUCGUCGUCAAACCCUUUUUGACACGAGCACCCCUGGACUUGAUGAUGCAUAUGGCAAGGCGUACGGAUUAGGACAGGAAGGCACUGGGAGGCAUGGAUGAAAAGGCCUCCCGUCCACAUUUGAUGACGAGCAGAGACGCUCAUUUGGUUCCCCAUCUCGGCACUUGGCACUGGACGUCGUGGUGGGUUGUUUGGUCUUGAGCCGUCUCUUGGAUUCCUGGCAGGGUUCAGUAGACGAGCUGGACGCACCUACCUCUGGCGACUCUGGCGGCUGACACUGCUGCUGUGUUUAACUGUCCGGAACACAGCACGAUGGGGCGACACAUAUCUGAAAAUUGAAAGAAGAAAAAAAAGUUGACAGCGCACGCGCUGUGCGGGGAGGAUGGAACGGGGUUGAUGGAUGAAUAAGCGUGGUUGCCUCUUCGAGUUUCCGUGGGAGGUGGGAUGUCUCUUGUCCACCACGGCACCACCGCCAUCUUCGAUGUCAGGCUCUCGACUGGUUCUGGCAGUUUGCAGAUUCUGUCGUCGAACUUCUCGGAGGCAAGGGGGGCGGACGGCAAUAGGUUGCCUGUCGUCUCCUGCUGCCGGUCUUGAAAUACAACAAUGUUCCAUCUCUCA